AUGGCUGACAUCAACGUUGACGUCUUGGUUAUCGGCGCUGGCCCGACCGGUCUCGGUGCUGCGAAGCGUCUGAACCAGAUUAACGGCCCCUCAUGGCUGCUUGUUGACUCCGCCGAGAAGGCUGGUGGUCUUGCUGGCACUGAUACCACCCCCGAGGGUUUCCUCUACGAUGUUGGUGGCCACGUCAUCUUCUCCCACUACAAGUAUUUCGACGACUGCAUCGAGGAGGCGCUCCCCAAGGAGGAUGACUGGUUCACGCACGAGCGUGUCUCCUACGUCCGCUACAAGGGCAUCUGGGUUCCCUACCCCUUCCAGAACAACAUUUCUAUCCUGCCCAAGGAGGACCAGGUCAAGUGCAUGAACGGUCUCAUUGAUGCCGCCCUCGAGUGCCGUGUCGCCGACAAGAAGCCCAAGGACUUCGAUGAGUGGAUUCUCCGCAACUGCGGUGAGGGUGUUGCCGACAUCUUCAUGCGUCCCUACAACUACAAGGUCUGGGCUGUUCCCACGACCAAGAUGCAAUGCGCAUGGCUCGGAGAGCGUGUCGCUGCUCCCAACCUGAAGCUUGUUACCGAGAACGUCGUCAUGAACAAGGUUGCCGGUAACUGGGGCCCCAACGCCACCUUCAAGUUCCCCGCCCGUGACGGUACCGGUGGUAUCUGGAUCGCCGUUGCCAACACUCUCCCCAAGGAGAAGACCCGCUACGGCGAGAAGGGCACCGUCGAGAAGGUUGACGCCGAGAAGAAGAUUGUCACCCUCAAGGACGGCACCAAGGUCCAGUACGGCAAGCUCGUCUCCACCAUGAACGUCGACCAGCUCGUCGAGCGCAUGGGCAACCAGGAGCUCGUCAGCCUGUCCAAGGGUCUGUUCUACUCCUCCACUCACGUUAUCGGUGUCGGUAUCCGUGGCGCUCGCCCUGACCGCAUUGGUGACAAGUGCUGGCUGUACUUCCCCGAGGACAACUGCCCCUUCUACCGCGCCACCAUCUUCUCCAACUACUCCCCCUACAACCAGCCCGAGGACAGCGUCAAGCUGCCCACGCUGUACCUGGCCAACGGCGAGAAGGCCUCCUCUACCGAGGCCAAGGAGGGUCCUUACUGGUCCAUCAUGCUUGAGGUCUCCGAGUCCUCCAUGAAGCCUGUCGAGCAGGAGAAGCUCCUCCAGCAGUGCAUCCAGGGUCUCAUCAACACCGAGAUGAUCAAGGCUGAGGACGAGAUCGUCUCCACAUACCACCGCCGCUUCAACCACGGCUACCCCACUCCCUCGCUCGAGAGAGAGGGAGUCCUCAAGGACCUCCUUCCCAAGCUCCUCGACCAGGGCAUCUACUCCCGUGGCCGCUUCGGUUCCUGGAGAUACGAGGUCGGCAACCAGGACCACUCUUUCAUGCUGGGUGUCGAGGCCGCCGACAACAUUGUCAACGGCGCCGUCGAGCUCACGCUCAACUACCCCGACUUCGUCAACAGCCGCAAGAACGAGGAGCGCCGCCUUGCUGCGUCAUUCGCCUUCGGCUCCCAAGCCAACGGCAUUCCCUCGCACAGCAAGUAA